AUGGGGAACUACUCCAGCGCUGUGGCCUCUGAUGGCGCAACCGAUGGAAUGAAGCAGUAUCUUAGCGAACUGCCAUCCCAAAACCUGGAGCCCCUAUGGUCACAAAUGAGCAUGAUGGUGCCGCCCUCACCAAAUCCUACAGCGAAGCCUUAUAUGUGGAAGUACAAAGAAGCCUUGCCUCAUCUCGAGACCGCUGCUAAAUUAGUACCCGAGGAAAAGGCUGAAAGAAGAGUCUUGAUGCUAGUGAAACCCAGUAUGCAAUCACCAUACACUACAGACACUAUAUAUGGCGGUCUUCAAAUUGUAAAUCCCGGCGAGACUGCACCAGCGCAUAGGCAUCUUGCCUUUGCGGCUCGCUUCAUCAUAGAUGGUGAGGGCUUCACAGCGGUUGAAGGGAAUAAGAUGCCUCUUGUUCGUGGUGAUGUUGUGAUCACGCCCAUUUGGCACUGGCACGAUCACGGAAAUGAGAGCGAUAAGCCAGUCAUUUGGCUAGAUAUGCUAAAUCUGCCUUUAUUCCGCUUCGCUCCAGCUCACUUUGCGCAAGGUUACUCCGACCCACGAUAUCCCAGCGAGUAA